AUGGAUGGUGCUGGAGGGUCCAAAUUGAGUGGGAUUAAGCAGAUUGCAAGACUAAAGGAAAUGUUUCAGAAGUGGCAAACUGUUACCUUGGGCUCAAAAGAGUCAAAUGAUCAUUCUAGGGUGAAUCAUGGGGGCAUAUCACCAAUGAUUAACAAAAGGCUAACAAAUGUCAUGUAUUGUGACUCGGAUGAUGAUAGCUGUCACAGCCCUAAAGCACCACAUGAUGUUCCCAAAGGAUAUUUAGCUGUCUAUGUAGGGCCAGAGCUUCGAAGGUUUAUCAUUCCAACAAGUUACCUAAGCCACUCUUUGUUCAAGGUGUUGCUGGAAAAGGCUGCAGAAGAAUUUGGGUUUGACCAGAGUGGUGGACUCACUAUUCCAUGUGAGAUUGAGACUUUUAAAUACCUAUUGAAUUGCAUGGAGAACCAUGAUGACAGCUCCACACUUCUCACAUACGUUCUAAGGCAUUCUGUUGAUUUUUCUAUUUCGGAAACAAGGGAAGUCUGCAAACACAGGUACUACGGAAUAAUAAGUAAUUACUCUGAUCUUUAUAGAGGUGAAGUUAUAGAGCUGGUUUCAAGUGUAAAAGAGGUUUGCCCAUCUUCUUUGUUUUGA